AUGGGAGUUACAGCUGAUUCAGUUCUCAAGGUGAGUGUCCUAGAGGAAGGUGAAGCACGUAGUUUGUUCCUCCAAUUUUUAGAACCUUCUGAUAAUGUUGAUCCUGAGCUCCAUAAGAUCGCAGAAGAAAUUGUAAGAAAGUGUUGUGGUCUACCCAUUGCCAUCAAAACCAUGGCCUGCACUCUUAGAAGUAAAAGCAAGGAUACAUGGAAGAAUGCACUUUCUCGUUUACAACACCAUGACAUUAACACAGUUGCGCCUACUGUAUUUAAAACCAGCUAUGAAAAUCUCCAAGACGAGGUGACUGAAGCUACUUUUUUGCUUUGUGGUUUGUUUCCAGAGGACUUCAAUAUUUGCACCGAGGACCUGUUGAGGUAUGGAUGGGGCUUAAAAUUAUUCAAGAAAAUGGGUACUAUAAGAGAAGCAAGAUACAGGCUGAAAGCCUGCAUUGAGCGGCUCAUGCAUACCAAUUUGUUGAUGGAAUGUGAUGCUGUUGGGUGCGUUAAGAUGCACGAUCUGGUGCGUGCUUUUGUUUUGAACAUGUUUUCUAAAGUCGAGCAUGCUUCGAUUGUCAACCAUGGUAGUAGUAACCCAGGGUGGCCUGGAACUGAAAAUAUGGUGAGCGCCUCAUGCAAAAGUAUCUCAUUAACAUGCAAAGGUAUGACUGAGUUUCCUAGUGACCUCAAGUUCCCAAAUGUCUUGAUUUUGAAACUUAUGCAUGGAGAUUGGUCGCUGAGGUUUCCUCGAAACUUUUAUGAAGAAAUGGGAAAGCUUCAGGUUAUAUCAUAUGAUCAUAUGAAGUAUCCAUUGCUUUUCUCGUCACUUAAAUGCUCCACCAACAUUCGAGUUCUUCAUCUUCGUCAAUGCUCAUUGGCUAUUGAUGUCUCUUCUAUUGGAAACUUGCCAAAUCUAGAAGUGCUCAGCUUAGCUAGUUCUAGCAUUGAUAGGCUACCUUCAACAUUCCAAAAUCUGAAUAAGCUAAGGGUACUGGAUGUGACAGGUUGUGGUGGUCUGCAUAUAGAUAAUGGUGUCUUUAAAAAUUUGGUCAGACUUGAAGAGCUUUGGGCUUUUGGAGAGGCUAUUAGCUUUAUAGGUGAUAAGUGCAAUGAAGUGGCAGAACGUUGGAAGUCUAAUAUAACAAUUGUAUAG